AUGCUACGGCUUUUUGUGGAGUCAGCCAAGAUUGACCCACCCCUGAGUCCCCCACCCAGACCCUGCCUGACUGUCCACUUCAGAGAUGUCAAGAAGAGAACUCAUUUGGCAGAAGGAAAUGAUCCCACAUGGAAAGAGACCCUAAUCUGGCAUCUCUGGAACCAGCCCCUGGAAAAUGACUCCUUUCUGCAAGUCACUCUUCAGGACAUGGGAUCAAAAAAGAAAGAAAGGUUUAUUGGCCUGGCCACAAUACUGCUCAAGCCAUUGGUGAUGAAACCAAGUGAGGUCCUUUUUGUGAAGGAUUUGAUCCUGCUCAACCAUUCCAUGAAGCCCACAAACUGUACUGUCACCUUGCAGGUGGCUCAUGCAACUCCCCAGGAUAUUGAGAAAACAGAUAAUGAAGACCUACUGGGGAUAACAGCAAGAGAGACAGCACAACAGAGACUCAUGAUCACUGGCUUCCCUGUGCCCAGGGCUUUGUCCUCCAAACCUCAGAACUUUCAGGUUCGGGUGAAGGUGUUUGAAGCCCGACAGCUCCUGGGCAACAACAUCAAGCCAGUGGUAAAAGUGACCAUUGCGGGCCAUCGGCACCGCACACGGGUCAAGAUGGGAAAUAAUCCUUUCUUCAAUGAGCUUUUCUUCCAGAAUUUCCAUGAGGUUCCUGCAAACUUCUUUGAUGAAAUCAUCUUAAUUCAGGUGGUGAACUCCUCAGUGAAGCGAUCCAAAGCAGAGAUUGGGAGAUUCCAAACAGAUAUUGGGUUUAUCUACCAUUCUCCAGGUCACACACUCCUAAGGAAAUGGUUAGGCCUCUGCCAACCAAAUAAGCCUGGUAGUGGUGUGACAGGCUACCUGAAAGUCACCAUCUGUGCCCUCGGAGUGGGAGACCAAGCCCUGGUAGAUCAAAAGCUGCCGUAUGGGGCUGCUACCGAUGUUCAGAUCUUCAGGUCCGAGGCGGUCCCCAUCAGCUUGGCUUACUUACAGUUGUUCAUCUACUGUGCAGAGGACCUUCAUCUCAAGAAACACCAGUCCUUGAAUCCCGUGCUGGAGGUGGAACUAAUUGGGGAAAAGCUCAAGACAUACACACGGACCCAGACUGACAACCCCAUAUGGAACCAGAUCUUGACCUUCCAGAUUCAGCUGCCCUGCCUCUCCAGCUAUAUCAAGUUCAGAGUUUUGGACUGCUCCAGGAAGAAUUGCCGGGAUGAGAUUGGGACUGUCAGCCUGUCCCUCAACCAGAUCUCAUCCAGUGGAGAGGAGAUUGAAGGAAUGUACUCUGGCUUCCUGCCCUGCUUUGGCCCCAGCUUCCUGACUCUCCGUGGGGGCAAAAAGGCCCCUUUCAGGAUCCAGGAAGAAGGCACUUGUGUUCCUGACACUGUCAAGGAUGGCUUAUCUUAUCGAGGCCGAGUCUUUCUGGAGUUAAUUACUCACAUCAAGUCCCAUCAAGACAUUACGAUAAAAGAUCUCUCCCAGGAAGUGACCAGUAUAGAGAAACAGCAGAACCGCCUAAAGUAUGGGCUGUGUGUCGUCUUCCUCUCCUGUACCAUGAUGCCCAACUUUAAGGACCUGAUCCAAUUCGAGGUCAGCAUGGGCCACUACGGAAACAAGAUGGACCUGAAUUACAAGCCUCUAGUUUCAUCCACACAGUACAGCCCCGUGAUAUAUGAUGGGAAUAUCUACCAUUAUGUGCCCUGGUAUAACACCAAGCCCGUAGUGGCUGUGACCUCCAACUGGGAGGAUGUCGGCUUCCGAAUGAACUGCCUCAACCUCCUCCACUACACUCGGGACCGCCUGAAAGCCAAUCUGGCCACCUUGAAAUCCAUUCGGAAUCCGAAAGACCCAGCUCUUCUCUACCAGUGGGAUAAGCUGCUGAAGGAGCUGGUGGAGGACUGCAAGCGCCCUCUGCCCAGCAUGACUGAUCAGCCCAAAGCCACCAACCUAGACAAGAAGAGGUGGCAGCUCCGCAGCCUUCUGCUGCAGGAACUGCAACAAAAGGCAAAGGAAGCUGAACCCAGAAACAUGGUGGCCGCAGUGGAGGGCUGGCUCUACCGCCUCAAUGCUGUGCUACCUGAGCCCCAGAUGAGCCUCCCGGAUGUGAUGAUCUGGCUGAUGGCCAAGGAGCAGCGAGUGGCCUAUGCUUGUGUGCCCGCCCACACCAUCCUGUUCUCUCCAGCAGGGUCUCUGCACUCUGGCAGGUUCUGUGGGAAGAUUCAGACUCUCUUCCUACAGUACCCAGAGGGUGAAGGACAGAAGGACACACUCCCAGCCCACCUCCGGGUCUGCAUGUGGCUUGGCAAUGUCAAAAACAGCAAGAAUAUGCAGCUGCUCCAUCAAGGCAACAUGGUGGUGUAUGCAGAGAUGUAUGAGAAUCAGGCCAAGUAUAAAGACCAGUGGGGGCAGCAGGGAUUGUAUCACUGCCCCAACUUCUCAGAUGUUAUGGGGCGCAAGGCCCUCUCCAAGACGAAUUUCAAUGCGCCCCUGGGAUGGCAUUGGCAGGACAACUGGAUAGUGGAGCCUCAGAGGAGACUCCUCCUAGACACAGAUAUCAACAAGAGCCAGGUGCUGGAGGAAGUGUAUGAAAACCAGAGCCGUAGCGCCACAGGUGCCUGGGUGCCUGCAGCCAUCCCAAACACAGAUGUGAAUGGACAGCCUGUGGAGGCCUUGGAGGAUGUGAAGUGCCCCCAAGGCUGGCACUUUAAGAAGAGCUGGGUUGUGCAGCAUAACCAUGCAGUGGACAAUGAGGGCUGGGAGUAUGGAGUGGGGAUCCCGCCCUCAGGCCUACCCCAGGUCUGGAGCUCAGUGGAGAAGACUUACCACAACUGCCGCCGCCGGUGCUGGGUGCGUGUGCGCUUUCGGAACCAUGAAGAGCUGGGCCAAGAGCAGAAGACUGUCUCCUUCCUGCAGAUGCAGGGUCUGGCCAAGGAGGGAGAAGAGGGCUGGGAAUAUGGGACCUUCGGCUCCAAGUUCCACCUGAACCCUCAGCCGCGAAGCCGGUUCCGCCGCCGCUGCUGGCAUCGCAAGCUGGCACCCAACGAGGACAAGGGCAUUGCACCCAUAUUUCUCCUGGAGGGAUCCUUGGCCAUGGAGCAGAACCAUCAUGCUAAGAAGGAAGGGGAAAAGAAGACAGGGUUCUGGAAGUUUGCCCAAGAGGAUACCCAGCUUCCCACCAUGCCUUUUAUCUACUACAUCCUCAACAAGCCCCACUAUUACCAGCUCUUCUGCUACAUCUACCAGGCCCGGAACCUGAUGUCCAACCAGAUCCUGACAUUCCAAGGGUCUUUCAUUCGAGUGAUCUUCUUGAACUACAGCCAAUGCACCCAGAUCCUGCAGAGCUCUGCAGCCCCUACAUGGGCCCAGACUGUCAUCUUCCAGCACCUCCUGCUGUAUGAGAACCCCAAGGACACCAAAGAGAGCCCCCCACUCGUGGUGCUGGAACUGUGGCAGCGCAACUCCCGGGGAAAUGAGACCUUGUGGGGACGGAGCAUGUGGCCCCCAGUCGUCUGGCUGGACCUCCAAGACUGGGUUCCGCCCCCCCUGAGGUGGCGCCCCCUUCGAAAAGGGCUGGGGGAGGAAGAGGGAGAGAUCUUGGCCUCCUGUGAGCUGAUCCUUGAGACUGAGAAGCUGAAAGAGAAGCACCUGCCCAUGUUAAGUGUUCCUUGGAAGAAUGGGAGCUAUACACUGCCCAGGAACAUCCAGCCCACACUGAAGAAUAUGGCCAUUGAGAUCCUGGCUUGGGGCCUUCGGAACAUGAAGGUGUGCUAUCCCCAGCUCAUGGUAGAAUGUGGGGAAAAGUCCCUGAAGACAGAACCUAUCAGUGACUUCCAGACCAACCCUAACUUCCCAGAGUCCAUCCUCUUCCUCACAGUGUACAUGCCUACAGAGGAGGCCUACGCGCUGCCCCUGGUGGUGAAGGUGGUGGACACCAAGAGAUAUGGCCAGCAGACCGUGGUGGGUCAGGCUCACAUCGACUUCCUCCAGCCCUAUUUCUGUGACCCCUGGGCUCCGGACUACACACCCCCUCUGCUUCCAACACUGUCUGUGAAGCGGCAGCAACAGCAGCAUUUCUUAGGUUACCUUUAUGAAAAGUUCUGGUUCAAGUCCAGCAAAGCCGAGGACGAAUAUGAGCACGAAGUGGAUUGGUGGAGUAGGCUAUUCUGGGUCACAGGUGGUGACCAAAAGUCUCUGAAAUACAAGUACAAAGACUACUACACUCUAAAGGUGUAUGACUGUGAGCUGGAGGCUGUGUCGGCCUUUCAAGGCCUGCAGGACUUCUGCCAGACCUUCAAACUCUACCAGGAACAGCCCAAGGCAGAUAGCCCUGUAGUAGGAGAGUUCAAGGGCCUCUUCCGCAUCUACCCUUUUCCUGAGAACCCAGAAGCUCCUAAGCCUCCGCGCCAGUUCUUGGUUUGGCCUGAGAAAGAGGACUUCCCUCAGCAGUGCUUGGUGCGGGUGUAUGUGGUACGAGCCAUCCACCUACAGCCUCAGGACUACAAUGGCCUGUGUGACCCUUAUGUGAUCCUGAAAGUAGGACAGACAAAGCUUGGCAACCGGGACUCAUACCAGCCUAACACUCUGGAUCCCAUCUUUGGCAUGAUGUUUGAACUCACCUGUAACAUCCCUCUGGAGAAAGACCUACAGAUCCAGCUAUAUGACUUUGACUUAUUAUCUUCUGAUGAUGAGAUUGGAAGCACAGUCAUUGACCUUGAAAACCGACUCCUGUCUGGCUUUGGAGCCCGUUGUGGGCUCUCUAAAUCCUACUGCCAGUCAGGGCCCUUUAGAUGGCGCGAUCAGAUGCUCCCAAGCUACCUUCUGGAACGCUAUGCCAAACGGAAAGGGCUGUGUCCACCUGUGUUCAACACUGAGGAAGACUCUGUUUUUUACAAUGGGAAGAAAUUCAACCUGCAAAACUUUGAGUCCGAACCCCCUACUGUUCAUGAUUUGGGACCCAAAAAGGAACGUCUUGCACUGUACAUCCUGCAUACCCAAGGGCUGGUACCUGAGCACGUGGAGACCCGCACGCUGUAUAGUGACAGUCAACCAGGCAUUGAUCAGGGAAAGAUCCAAAUGUGGGUGGACAUUUUCCCCAAGAAGCUGGGACCUCCUGGCCCCCCAGUCAACAUCAGCCCCAGAAAGCCUAAACGGUAUGAGCUACGCUGCAUUAUCUGGAAAACUGCCCAAGUGGACCUGGUACAUGAGACUUUCAGCAGAGACAAGAUAAGCGACAUCUACAUCAAAGGGUGGUUAUUUGGGCUAGAGAAGGACAUGCAGAAGACAGAUAUCCACUAUCACUCCCUGACUGGGGAGGGCAACUUCAACUGGCGGUUCAUCUUUACCAUGGACUACCUGGCAGCAGAACAAGUGUGUGUCCACAGCCAAAAGGAUUAUAUAUGGAGCCUGGACCCCAUGUCAGUGAAGUUUCCAGCCCGGCUCAUCAUUCAGAUCUGGGACAAUGACCUCUUCUCCAGUGAUGACUUCCUAGGGGUCCUGGAGCUGGAUUUAUCUGACAUGCCCUUUCCGGCCCGGAACUCCAAGCAAUGUUCCCUCAGGAUGAUGGACACUGAUGCCAAGUGGCCCUACUUCCAAUACAAGCACUUCUCCCUCUUUAAGAAGAAGACUGUAACUGGAUGGUGGCCUUGCCAGGUCCAUGAUAAUAACAAGUGGCGCUUGUCGGGUAAAGUGAAAAUGACUCUGGAGAUCCUGUCAGAGAAGGAUGCUUUAAUCAGGCCAGCUGGGAGAGGCCAGUCGGAACCCAACCAAUUCCCAACCCUCCAUCCUCCCCUACGCCCUGGCAGUGCUUUCAUGUGGUUGCAGUCACCUGUUAAAAACUUCUGCUUUGCUUGCUGCAAACGCUACCGUUACAAGAUCAUAUGUUUCUGCAUCAUAUUGGUCCUGAUGUUUGUACUGUUCAACUUUAUCUACUCAGCCCCAAGCUACUUGGCCAUGAGCUGGAUCAAACCUGAGCUUCGGAUGUAUCCUCCCAUUAAAAUAGUUAACCUCAUCAACUUAAACACCAGCAAUGAUAGCUCUUCCACCCUUACCACCCAGGCUCCAGAUGUGCAGCCCAUAAGUGACCAUCAGCAGACACACCUCCUGGGACCCAAGAAUCACUUGAGUGAUAUCUUCCCAGAACUUCCAGCUCUACAAGAUUAAUUUGUCCACGUUUGCCUGGCUUUUGUCCCGCCUGUCACUAAUCCUUCCUUUCGGCUUCCUUUGGUUCCCUGAUUUUAUCUUCUAGGACAUAUGCAAGGAGCUACACAUACUCUGGCUAUUAUGUUCAGAAACCACUUCUACUAAGAAGAGCAGAGCUAUAAUUUUCCACAGAAAUAAACAAGUUUAUAACAGAGCGCCAUCUUGUACCCUGUGGGCUGGGGGUGGGGAUUGAACAGAAUGAGAAAGCCUGAAAAUGCCAGUUCUUUAGACAAGACAGGGAACAAUGUCACCUUAUGUACCCCCUCUAGUCCUCAGAGUCUCUUCCACACUAAGAGGCCUUGACAUUAGAUGAAAUGGAGGAAAGAGUGGCAGGAGAGAAGUGGCUCUAAUGGGUGAACAGCACACCAUGACCACUGAAAUGCAAGACUGGUGGACUGGCUUGAGAGGUAAAUGUGUCUGCCUAGCAAGCAUGAGGCUGAAUUCAAACCCCAGUGCCACAAAAAAAUCAAACAUCAACUGCAUGUGCACAAGAGUGGCACCACCUUUUGCCAGUAUACACCUUGGGGUUACAAUGCCCAGAAAAAAUAUUUGGUCCCAUUUACCAGGGAAAAAAUUUGGUUUUACAGAAAAAACAAGAGCCAGGGCAAAGAAAUACAAUGCUUUUGCUUUUUGCUUUUGUUGGUACAAGGGGCUGAAUCCAGGGCCUCCACUUGAGCUAUGCCCCCAGCCAUAGGUAGAGUAGUUUUCUUGUGCCACGUGUUUCCUUAAGGGCAGAAGCCUAGUCCCCUAGGCUGGGUAGGGACUGCACAUCACAUCUUCCUAAAAAGUUCGAAGUGUUCAUGACCUGAAAUCAUGUAAACCCCACUAGUUCCAUCUCUCAUAUUCCUCCCUAUGACUAAAUCCCUUCUGCUAUAUACCACUGCCUUGGCCAUUUCAAGAACCCAGCUAGGUCUUCCACCACAAAGGCCAAAUUCAGCUGUCCUUUGAACUAAAAACAACUACUUUUUCAGUUUUCCUGGUCCUAAGUCCAAGCUCUAGGUUACAGAGUGUUUUCUGGCAUCCUUAAGCUACUCUGCUAUUGUUGCAAAAGUGUUAGGAGGAGGCCUUUCCACCUUUUCCCCACCUUUAUCCCACCCUCAGGAGGGCAAUACAACCUUGUGCUGUAUAACUAAGUACAUGGGAAGAAUAGAAGGCCCCAAAAGAUGGACCCCUAUCUGCAGUAAGGAUAACCCCCUAUCCCCCCUCCUUCUGGGCUAAGCUGAAGGCUUUCCCAACCCAAGAGGCAGAGUAAGAGUUGAUGUGCUUGAGGCUCAGGAAAAGACCUGGAUCCCCCUAAAUCCACACUAUUAAGAAGGACACUCAAUUAGUCAGAAGUUCAUGAUGGCUUACAUCAGUCACUUUAAGUAUUUCCUAGACUACAGAGGCCCAUAAAAAAACUCAGAGUUUCAGGAUCUCCAGGGGACACACUGGCCUAUAACCAAUUUAAUGAGAGGACAGACAGUGAGCAGCCUGAGACCCUUGUCAGAUAAGGCAGUGAAAUAAGGGUUGACACACAGAAGAUAGUACUCAGGCUGUGCUGCUCAAUUACCACAAACUCUUCCAGACACAGAGGAUGAGGGUAUUUCACUUCCAGACUUGCAACAUGAAAGAGCAACUAUUUCUUCUCAAGAAAAGGGAGUAAAAUUUCUUCUUGGGUGGGGGGCGCAGUAUUCAAGUUCAGGUAAUAAGAAAGCUUCCUUGUACUUCCAACAUUCAAAGCAAGAUUCCAAGAAUCAUGAUAAACACAAAACAUGCAACUAAGCAGGCUCCAGAGAAUUCAGACACAUCUUCAAGUGGUCAGACCAACAGACAAAUGUUUUCUGUGUCAAAUCUGGACUUGGUUAGUUUCAUAAUCUCAUGGUAUCCAUUAGUCUUCCUAGUUUCUCUUGACUUGCACAUUGACUUUUAGCCAAACUUGAUGGAGGGUCUGACGGAUCUGAUUAGGAAGGCUGCAGACACAUCAACAGACCCAAAACCCCUACUAGACAAGAGAGGCUCAAGCAAUGAGCUAAGUAGAAAGCCCUAGGGCCACCUAAUGAGGGUCAGAGAAACCUAACUUUGCUCUGCAGCCCCAGGCCCCAAGACAGAGACAUACAAAUGUGUCUCAAAUUGCACAUGAAGAGGACAAUAAAUGCAGACAGAAAAGAAGGUAAGGCAGGGAAAAACUUCCAUCUAGAUUUCCAAGGGAGAGCUCUUCAGGAAGAUAGAGACUUGGGUAAAAAGCAGAAGGUUCUAGCUUUUUGUGGAUUUAAAAAUAUAGUAGAAAGGCCUGCUGAUACAGUCCAUGCCUAGGCUACUCAAUUCUGUUCUGUGAAUUUGGCAUCAUAAUAUGUAUAUUCUCUCCAUGCCUCUUCAUUCCCAAGUGGAAGGACUGCAGGGAAAGGCACAUCACAGCAGCAUUGCCCUGGGUGUGUGGCUUCUUGGACCAGUUAUGAUAUCUGUGUGGAUAACCAUGGGAAUGCAGAAUCCCUGUAUUCAAAGAUCCAAUGAUGGAACAGUUCCUGGCCAGCUGCUGGAAUCUGGAGCAGACUUGCCAGGCUAUGUGCUCAGGCCAGCAUCUGCUCUUCCCACACUUCACUGGAGACAGUCACAAAAGGGUGGCAGCAGCAGGGAUCAGUAGAAGCGCUUUCGACUCUGUUCCUGCCAUUUGUUGUAGAGUAUGAUACCAAUGACGAUGGCAAAUACAGAAAACACCAGAGAGAAAAAGACAAUGAGGAAGAGUGCCAGGCCACUCAAGGGUGGCAGUGGGGCUGUCACUGAGGAAACAAGAGAGAAGUAAAUCAGAAACAUGGAGGAAGGAAGGAUCAACAGUCUGUCUUGUCCCCAGUUUCUGACACCCACUUCUGGGGAGUCAGAGCUUACAGAUACCUCCUUUCCAGAUGGCUCAAUUUAAAAAUGAAGCAGCCCACCUGCUGCUCAUCUAUAACAGCAGGCCAAGAGGAAGGUGGUGCAAGUGUUCCACACACUUCAGAGGAACAGAGAUAGGAGACCACCCUGAAAGCUGUGAACAAAGUCACCCCCAACUUCACUGUCAUUGCAAACUCCUCCCUGA